AUGACAUUGCGCAGCAUCAAGUUGUGGGAUCUUAGAAUCAAAUCCAACGCAAGUCGCAUCCUUCACUGUAAGCCUACACCACCGCCACAAGGAGGGGGCAUACUGCUGCCGUCCGUCGCACUCAAAGUUCGCCAUCCGUCAUCUAGCUUCCCUCGUGCUCCAAGUCUUCAACCCCUGUUCGCUGUCACCGAGCGCGGUUGCUUCCUCGAGCUCGGCGUCCGUCGUCUUUGUCUGCUCAGCCACGCUUCCGUCGCCGUUUGUUUGCCGUUCACGUUCGCGUCUUCGUUCGCGUUCGCUCGGCGUUCACCGUUCGCGUUCACUCGUUGUUCACCGUUCGAGUUCGCGUUCGUCUGGAAGCCACGUUGCUCUGCUUCAAACUCUGCGACCAACCCGCGUGCUCCACUCGUCGAACUGCUCUCUGUUGUCCCCGCCGAUCAAGAUUGUUAUGAGCUUUCAGCUGAGUAUGAAAGGAAGCAUAAGACUGAGAAGUUGGAGGAACUUGGGAAUAUGCUAACUGGUCUUGAUGCUGGGGAUUCUAUUGUCAUUGCCAAAUCAUUUUCCCACAUGCUUAAUUUGGCUAACUUGGCAGAAGAAGUUCAAAUUGCCUACCGAAGAAGGAUUAAGCUAUUAAAGAAGGGCGAUUUUGCUGAUGAGAACUCUGCCAUCACUGAAUCUGACAUUGAAGAAACCUUCAAGAGGCUUGUGACUGAACUGAAAAAGUCCCCACAGGAAGUGUUUGAUGCUUUGAAGAAGCAAACUGUAGAUUUGGUCCUAACUGCUCAUCCCACUCAGUCCGUUCGUCGAUCUCUGCUGCAAAAGCAUGGAAGGGCUGGAAGGAUACCAUAGUCAAGCAAGAUCAGUCUCAUGAGAACCAAUCAGAUAUGAGAAGAAGAAGAAGAAGGCUGUUGCUAUUUUUUAAGGCCUUUAGGCAUAUCUAUCUAGAGUGGAAGCAUGUUAUGACAUUUCCUUUUUUUUUUUUCUAUCUUUUAGGUGAUUAUUCUUUACGUGAGAACUAGUUCAGGAACACAAUAAUCUAAUAUAUUAUUCUUUAUUAUUAAAGUUUAAGGGGCAGAACAUCUUUUAGUUAAUAAUAUCUGUUACAUAGUGCUAAAACUAUGUGGUUCAAUGAUUGUGAACUAGUAGCAUGUAUGUGUUUUAAAUUGGGAGGAAUCCAAUGAUUGUAUUUAUUUUUUCAUUUUACUACCUAGUCAGUCCCUUUUUUUUAAUAGUAUGUUGUGGCUGUUUUUGGAUUGAUCAUGUCAAUGAACGGUGGGUGAUCAUUAUUCAAUGAGAUGUAUGGAGAGCCAUUAGAAACCCCUUUUAAAGUUGUAACGGUGGGUGAUCAUUCUUGGAAGGUGCAUAUUGUAUAUUUCUAAUGUCAAAGUUGCAUUCAUAUCCCUUGAACUUUGUCACUUUUUAAAGGGGAUUGGGU